UUGAACCUUGAAACUGGUUCUUGUGCUAACAUCUGGAAUCGGUGGGUAACCCCAAAUCCGAAUUAGCAUGGAAGUGGAUCGGAUAGCAGGUUUAGCGAUUUCUCCCCGUCUCCGAUAUAGACAUGGACGUGUUCCGAAAAUUUCCUGUUUGUCGAUGGCCCGAACGUCGCCGGCUUCCUCCACAAUAGCGACCCACAGCAGUUUGUCGGAACCGCAAUCUGGAAAGCGGAUGUUUAUUCUAGGAAUGGGUUUUGUUGGGCAAUUGCUUUCAUACAAGCUCCAGAACCAAGGAUGGAUUGUGUCAGGAACUUGCACUAGUCUUAUGAAGAAGGAGAAGCUUGAGGACAGGGGAUUUCACAUGUACCAUUUGGAUGCACUCGAGCCAGAACUUGGCAUCCUAGAUCAGAUGAAAUAUUACACUCACCUUCUUGUUUCCAUCCCUCCCAUCAUUGGUAUCGGUGAUCCAAUGCUUCAACAUGAACCGCUUUUAAGAAGUUCAUUAGUUAACGGAAAUAUCCGGUGGCUCUGUUACUUGUCUUCUACCACAGGCGUCUAUGGUGACUGUGGCGGAGACUUGGUGGAUGAAGACUAUCCACCUAACCCGACCAGUGAGUCGGCUAAGUUAAGGUUAGCCUCUGAAGAAGGCUGGUCGGAUUUGGCUCACUAUCUUGGCAUUUCACCGUAUAUAUUUCGGCUUGGAGGUAUCUAUGGCCCUGGUAGAAGUGCCAUCGAGACAAUAGUCAAGCAGGACCCAUUGUCUGAGUCUCAGAAGAGGAGGAAAUACCGAAAAUAUACAUCAAGAGUUCACGUUGAGGACAUUUGCCAGGCGAUUAUGGCUGCAGCUAAGGCACUUUCCCCUGGCGACGUGUACAACAUUGUUGAUGAUGAUCCAGCUCCCCGGGAACAAGUAUUUGAAUAUGCAAGAAAAUUGGUGGAGAAAAUGUGGCCGGGUCUGAUCACACAGGCAGCCGAGGAGAUAGAGUGGUCAAAUGUAAAAAAAUCAAGAGACGUGAGGGGUGAGAAGCGAGUGUCUAAUGCUCGAAUGAAGGAGCAGCUGGGAGUGCGGCUGCUUUAUCCUGAUUAUGCAACAGGAUUGCAAAGCGUACUGGACAAGAUGGAUACCCUUACGUACAAUCUUGAUGUGAAUUAAUAUUCGCCUGAGGGGUAAUUGCUAGCCAAAUUUCUUUUUCCUCCCACCCCCCCCCCCGGGGGAUCAAUCAGAGUUGAAUGUCAUACGAUGGAAAGAUAGCAAAUAAGACCGAGCAAUAUCUCUAAGCUUUGGAAGUCAUUAAUACUAAUAUGAUUGUUCAUGUAGCUGACUAUAA